AUGACGCUCGAGGAGCUGCCGGGCGAGCGCGGCGCCGCCGGCAGCGCCGCUGUCCCGCUCGGCAGGAUGGAGGCGGCGGGCGACGCGCUGGAGGAGGUGCUGAACAACGCGCUGAGCCAGCGGAGCGUCACCAUCGGCGUCUACGAGGCGGCCAAGCUGCUCAACGUGGCGGCGGACAGCGUGGUGCUGUGCCUGCUGGCGGCCGACGAGGAGGACGGGCGCGACGUGGCCCUGCAGAUCCACUUCACGCUGCUGCAGGCCUUCUGCUGCGAGAACGACAUCAACAUCCUGCGCGUGAGCAACCCGGCGCGCCUGGCGCAGCUGCUGCGCGCCGCCGCCGCGCCGCCCGCCGACCUGCACUGCGUCCUGGUCACGCACCCCUACGCGUCGCAGUGGAAGGACCCGGCGCUGAGCCAGCUGCUCUGCUUCUGCCGCGAGAGUCGCUACAUGGAUCAGUGGGUGCCCGUGAUUAACCUGCCCGAGCGGUGAGCGCAGCGCCACGGGAAGCCGCCGAACACGAUUGCACUGAAGUUUUGAAAUGCUUUAGCCGUUGCUCAGGAAGUAACUCCCUGCCCUGGCACAAGGAUUACAGGAGAAAACAAAACAAAAUUAAAUUUAAAAAAAAAAAAAACCACCAAAAAAAACACAAAACUGAAGUCAAGUGGGGUAGACUGCGCUCGAUCUACGUCUUGUGUGGGACUGAAGGAAAAAGAAAAACGCGACUCCGCAGCUGGAAGCGAUGGGAAUGAACACGGAAGCGAAGCUGGAGGAGCGGCCGGUGCUGCUGACGGGACAGGGACCUGCCCCGGCGGAGACACCGCGUGGUCGAGCUGCCUGCAGCACCUGACACCCUUAAUAGGUUUUAAAGUGCAACUUGAGUUUCUGGUUUAAAUACCUUAACUGCAAAAGAGGGAAAAGGUUAAUCAAAACAUUUUUACACGCAAUUUUAUUGUAUUUUGGGAUGUUAAUUCUCAAGUUUUAUAUGCUAAUAUAAUAAGUUAUUUUAUGAUAUUGAUGGAAAAAUUAUUUAUGCUACAAGCUUUUGGAACCAGAACACCCUUAAGCAGUUGGUCUACAACCACACCACUCGUUUUAACGCUCAGACGUUUUAAAUACAUCUCUAUGAAUUA